UGUCACUCCGUCUAGAUCUCUAACUAGGGAUAAGAAAAAAAAUAACUGAACAGCUUCUUGAAACUUCCUCUCAUUUAUAAUACAUUAACACCGGUUUCGUCCAAUGUACAGAACAGUUUAUUGGAUCAGUCACAAACCGGUUUCGCAGUCAUUGCCGGUCUGCAUUUCACAAGUAGGUGACGAUGGACGAGGAUUAUUUUUAGACCUUUGAACAUCGACAAUUGAUAGCGACGUGAAGCUACUCAAUAGGAAAAUACGGCUUUUGGAUGAUAUGUGUAAACAUAAGAACAUGCUGGGAUUGAGAAAUGCAACUCUAGACAAGAAGUCAAGACUAGCUUAACACCACAAUCGGCUAUGAGCAAAAGCCAUUUAUAGUUUACUUUACGUGUUCCUUUCUUUAAAGCGCUAAUCUACUUCGCAUCACCGCGCAUGACUUUGGUCACAAUAGGAGGGCUGCAUGUGUCCCAUGAGGAUCAAAGCCAACGUCUACGAUGAUCUUUCUGACUUCAGCAGUCGAACUCAAAGAUGCGGACUGGAAGUAAUACCAUGCUACUAAGAAAAAGGCACCUCGGGUAUGGUGAAACUCUCGUUUACUUCUUGAGGUUUUGGUCAUCGAAAGAAGAUCACUUUAUGUUAACAUGAAUAUUCAUAACCUGGUUUGAGCUUUUGGUGGAUUGCGGAUUUAAGUAUAUUUCCACGCGAAAGAUGGCCAGUGACGAAAAGAUUCUCGACGAGUUACACUUCCUUUCCUGGAAAAUCGACACGUUAGAAAGGAAACUUGAAUCAAGUAUGUCUAUACAAAGGGACUUAACUGUUAGCUUACUCCAGGAAGACAGUUCAUUCGCCGGUUCAGUAUCACCGUUCAAGAAAUUUGAGCGGAGAAAAUUUUCCGGCUCAAGUUGUUCAGAAGCGGUGUCCAGCGACGAUGAACAUAACAGUUCACACCUGGAUGGCACAAACUUUUCGGUUCCAGAAAAGGAACCCGAACGCAGCACUUCAUAUCUUAUCAUACCCGUCGGCCGCUACAAAGACAAUGACUCUUGUUCAAUUUCAACGGAAAAACAAACUUUCAGAUGGUCAGAAAUGGAUGACAAUGCUUGUAAAUAUUUCACCUCUGACGACGCGCUGAACGGUGACAAAGACGGUGACUCAAAGGGAAAAUUAGAUGUAAACGCGAGGGAUUUGAAUGCUUGUGAUACCCCAAAAUCGUUUGCAAAUCAGGUAACACCGCCACCGAGCCAAAGCAGAUUUGAUACAAGCGGAAAACAAAUGUGUACUCAGUGGAAUGUACGUGUUUCCGAGAUAAUUCCUUCAGGAAACUGUUUACUUAGCUCAAGAGGAUCACAUUCCAUUGCCGACGAUCAAUUUGAAGAUCAACUUAAUGUAGGGAGCGCUUUUGACAUUAACUACGAUGAGGAGGAGAACUUAGACUUACCAAAUGGCAACUCAAGCUCUUAAUAUGGCCUUACGAUUGGCAUGACAACGGCAAAAGGGUUACCUCAAGGUGUUAGCUCUAAUCAUUUAGACUCAAAACAAGAUGUUGAUGAACAGAAUUAUCUACAAUUUUACAAUUCAGAGAAAUUUAAAAGCAACUUUUCAACGGGCGAAGUUGAGGAGAAGAGGGCUGAAGUGCAGCAAUUGAGGCCUUUGUUCGAAGAAUCAACAACUCAAUCAAGUCAUUCUUCCAAUGAGACAACAUUUGAUCAGAUUUACAAUCACCCUCCAGAGUCAACUGACUGUAACAAAGUAAAUUACAAACAGAGCUCGUUUGAUUUUACUUCUGAAAUCGAUGUUUGCAACCCGGAGAAGGAAAGUAAUCCUUCUUUUAACGUGAUUUGCAUUGAUUCAGAGUCAUCUGAGGUCGAUGAUAGAAACUGCGAUUUUGUUGACGUUGUGCGACGAGCUUCUUUGUCUUGUCAGGAGAAUCUUGACACAUCAAAUGCAAAUUGGGUCGAAGGAUUUGAGCAGCCAUCAUCGGCAAACAUCGAUCCAGAAAAGAAGCAAGCAAUGCCAGUUUAUUCCCUACCUGUGAAAAACAAAAAUUCCGAAAUGGAUGUUUAUUUACCUCAACAAAUGGAGCCAUUAUCGAACGGAAACCGCCGACUUCAACAAGGCAAAUUAAAUUGCAACGCUACUGCGAGUAAUAAGGUGAUUGAAAUGCAAAUAGGUGGCUCUCCAGAUGAACAAAGACACGAGCAUUCUUAUUGUGCUCGAAAACCAUUUGAAGUUGAGACUCUUUUAACAAACAAUGGAGCCAAUAAACAAAACGACAGCACGAGAAGUAGUACACACAACCAAGGCAUCCCGAGAAAUGUCAACAACUACGGCGACAGUUCAAGGGAGGCGCUGAAAAGAGUAAACAGAACAAAGCCCUCGCAGCGAGCGGUUGAUGGCCUUAUUUCACAGUUUGAGGACCAAGCUUAUUGCAUUGUCGGAUAUAGCAAUGAUUACAAAUUAAUUAACACUGAUAGCAUUAGAAGGACCGCUGUGCACAAACCAAAGACCAAAAUCUACCCAGUACCCCCUAGUUAUGAACAAGUUAUUGAAGAACGUGUCCGUAUUCUAACGCGAGGACCACGCGCGCAUUUAGGACAAGAAUUGUUCCAGAACUACCUCCAGACAGAAGGAAAGUCAUAUGUUGAUGGCACACAAACGAAAUUUCGUUUCGGUUCAGAAAGCAGAUCUUCUGAGCCGUCAAUGUCAGCUAUAAGUGACGACGUGUUUUUUGACUCCGCACCAGAUCCAAUUUCGGUCAACCAAACGUCAUCCAAAAACCAUUCAGCAACCUACGAUGUAUCAGAAUCAGACAGCUGCUUCUCUUCUAUUACAAGUGUCAGUUCCACCAACGAAGGAAUCUACCCCUGGAAAAUCCGCAAUGACUCGCUCUCUCGUGAUCAUGAACAUGAUAAGAAAAUAAUUUCUCGACAGCCUCAAGAUUCCUUAAGCAUCACAAAACAGUUAUCUUCCACCAGGUCGUACCAGAGGGAUAGUGACUCUUCAUCAGACAGCGAGUCCUGUGUGCGUGGUUUCAAGCUCUCUCCGUUAUCACGCUCUCUUCGUGCUCAGUCUCUCCAAGAGGAGCUCGUACAACGUAUUGUUCCUCCGAGAGAAUUCAUCCGAGGCCACGAUAGGGUUUCAUCACCAACCUCAAGUUUAGACACAAGUGAGCUCUCUAUGAAUGACAGUGUCUGUGGAUGCUUGUAUCAGUGCGAGUGUCAAACAGGAAUUCCUUCGGCUGAAGACUUCAGGGACGAAUUAAAAGCUAUUUCUACUUGUGUCUUGAAGGCGCGCAUCGAGUCUGCAUCUCUGUACAAAAAGCCCCCGGUGAAAUACUUCCUAGAUGAAGAGCAAGGAGAAAUGGAUAUUUUCCAUGGUCGUCUUCAAAAGAAAGAAAGUAAAAAUGUUCCAGUGUUGGUGAGAGUUAUUCUUAGGCUUCGAAAGCACUUUUUUGGUACAUUGGAAUCAAAAUCUGCCCAUGAUAACAAAACUCGAAGCGAUGCUAAUAACAAUGAAUUCAACCCAGUGGGAAAAAUCGGAGACCAAACAUCGGGAAGGAAGCAGCGAGACCGUAAAAUUACCUUUUCUCCUUCUGCUAUGCUCCUUAGCGCAAUUGGAGAGAAUUCAGCCGCUGAAGUGAAAGAAGUCAUCGAAAGGGAGAGAAUAGAUGUCAAUCAGCUUAGUCCAAGUGGUCGCUCGUUAUUGCACAAAGCGGCAGCAGCCGGAGAUCUUGAAAGCAUUCAUACACUCAUCCAGUAUGGCGCCAUGGUGAAUAUCAUAGACCAAGAUGGCUUUCCACCCAUUCAUUCGGCACUCAAAAAAGCUCACUUCAAAUGUGCCAUUCUACUUAUUGAAUACGGCACUGACGUUACACGGUACACAACAGAACGCAUCCGGGAAUUCUUAGAAAUUAAGGAAAUGUCAUUAGGACACUUGCCGGUUCUUCUUAAAACAACUUUGUGACUUUGUGACUUUACUAGUUAAAGCCAAGAUUAGACUCGAAUGCUUUACUCGACUAACAGCAGCCAUAAAUUUACAAACUGCAAAUUUAACGGUCUGCUUGAUGAAAUUAAUUAUGCGUUAGUCAGUUAUGAAUCUGAUUUAUUACAGUUGGCUUUAGUUGAGCAAUUAAGUGUUUGCGCUUUUUGGAAAUAAGUUUUCUCUAUUGAAAAAAGGAAUUUUCAUUGGGCAUAGAUCACAAACAUGAAUAACGAAAUAAAAAUGGAAAAAUAUUACGAAAACUGAAGAUAAAAAAUCGAAUUAUACUCUCAGAAGAGUUCGAAAUCGCGCCAUCAUCAUAAGUUGUAGGCGAAAAAAAGCGCUUUACCAAGCAUCACAGGAGUCAAAAAUAGCUUGACGACAUGACAUAUAAUCCCACAUCUGUCAGCAACGUACCUUCUGACAAGCGCUGGUUGGCUUGUUUUCAUGGGAUUUCAAGUUUCUCAUUCUGUUGCUUUAGCUGUGCCUUUCUCCAAAUCAGGCUCUUUUCUAAAUUUCCAUGGCUUUGACGACCAUUUCAUCAAACUUUGUGUCUCGAAAACUUUGUGUCAGUAUUUGAAGAACUACAGAAUCUGAACCCUUCCCUAACCCAUAGUUAACCUACAUGUAACUUGUUAUCAGUUGACUGUUGUUUGGUCGGGGAGGGGUAGAUGCGCAAUUGCUCAGCGAUACUGAAUUUGAUGCGCAGCAUAUAAAAGCUUGGUAACCACUUGCGAUGCAUUCAACAUGGGUAUUUCAAUUUCGAUAAGAAAAUGCUGCGGCGACUUAGUUUUGAGAAAUCGCUGCAAAUUAGUAGGCAUAACCUACUUGACGUUGUCUAUCGAAUGAACCAUUCAA